GCUCGAGUCAUCAUCAUAAAAGAAGCAAGGAAGCAACCGCCCGCCCAUGGUCCAUGGCCGGCGGCGACUACACCCAAACCCCGACGCAGCCCUCACCCGCAUACCAUCCUCCUCCCGGUCUCCACGCCGGCGACUAUGGCGACUUGGCCCAACCCAGCCGUUCCGCUCCUCCUCGUCGCCGCGCUGCUCGCGCUUGAGGACUGGCUCUCCACGCCCUCUUGCUCGGGGGCCCCGCCCGCCGCCCACGGUUCCGGGGACCUCAGGGCCAUGAUGGUCGCCGACCUGAUGCUCCUCGGGUCGGAUGCGUCUUUCGCUGACCGCCACUUCCGCGACCACGUCAUGUCCAAGUUCUUCGCUAAUUCUAUUCAAAGAUUGAAGCCGGAUAUGAUCGUAGUCCUUGGGGACAUCUCAGCAAGAGGUUCAGAAUCAACGGAGGCCAAAUGGAUUUCUGUUAUUCAACAGUUUGAGGGGAUACUGGGACCUUACUCCACUCUUCCUCUUCAUAUUGUUUUGGGUGAUAAAGAUGUCGGCACUUGUGCGAAUUUGGAGGGUAAAUUCGUCCGCCGCUGGGCCAAACAUUUGCCAGGGUUGGAUUCAAGUGGAUGUGGCUCUUUUGAUAUUAGCAAUGUAAGUUUUGUGUCACUAAAUGCGGUUGCGCUGCUCUGUAGCAACAACGCCUUGCGGUUCAGCAUUGAGAAGGUUAUGGAGAGGGAGAACUAUCAUAUCCAAAGGGAAAGGGUUUAUAAAGCAGAAUGUAACUCUUUCGGAUGUGAAAAAGGUGAAAAUUUCGCUGACAUUAGUUGGAGGCAAAAUAACAUGGAGUCAGGGUCAGGUCCUGUUGUUUUGCUCCAUUUUCCAUUGCAUAAGUUUGAUGGAGAAGUUACUGGUGUUCCCACAUUUUCAGAGGUGGUUGUCCCUGAUCAUUCAUUAGCUGACUCAAGUUCAAAACUAAGUGGAGCUAAUGGCAGGAGGUUAUAUGAUCACUUGCAAACUCUUCCUGCGAAUUCAACACAAUAUAUUCUUCAGGCACUUAAACCAAGGAUUAUAUUUAAUGCUCAUUCUGGUAGCUUCUCUGUCUUUGUCCAUGCUGAUGGUACACGUGAAGUAACAGUACCAGCUAUGACAUGGAAGACAAGAGGAGUUCCUGGUUUUGUCAUUGCUACAUUUGAUACUAAAGGGUCUGUGACUCUGAGGUGCUGUUGCUUAGCUCGAGAAUGGCAUGUAAUUGUGGUAUAUUUAGCAUUCUUGUGCUUGACAGCUCUUGCAAUAAGAUGGUCACAUUGAUAUGAAUGAAAAGUCAAAUCUAAUCCAAGGUCAAUUGAUGAGUAGCACAUUUGGAUUCCGUAGAUAGGUACAACUCAUGAUAAGAAUUAUUCACAAGGAGAGUAAUAUAUUAGCAGGCUUUUGUUCUGAGGACCUAAUGGUGCCUAAUUCAGUCUGUGAAACUUGCUGAUAAAGCGAAGCAUCUUGAUGGUAGCUGACAGUGACACAUGCAGUAGCACGAAGCGCAGUGGCGGCAUCUGCAUGCUAAGGAUGAGGCUCUGCUGCUUGGCCAGAGCACCAAGUCAACCUCUCUGCCUGUUCAGGCUACAACUUUGAAGCAGUUUGUGGAGCUUGUGGCACUGCCUGACUGAUCAUAUUCAUUGCAGCUUUCUGGAGUGGGGAUCCAGGCACUGCAUCUCCAAUAUUGGUGUACUGCUCGGCUUGACUCAGCAUUGAGAAUGUAUGCAGGUUUUCCAGUCCAAUUCUCCAGUGUGUGUUGAAAUGAUUAGUGUAUUCUGUGAAAGUUCCAUCUCGGAUAAUUAUGCUUGCAAGGGCAUAAGCUGCCCUUUAUGCCCUGAUACAAAUAGCAGAUUCUUGCUCCUUUGUAUUGAUUACUUCACCUGCUAUGAACAUCGAAUGCUCUGCUCCCCAUCUCUGAAGAUGUGUAUGCUGGGUGUCUUCCUGCUUGUUAUUGCAGCCGCACCUUCUCACACAAACCGACUGCCACUGUUACCAUAGCCCGGCACUUUGCAACUAUUUAAUGGGUUACCAGUCAUGACCGAGUUACAGUUGUUGCCACCCUAUGCCACCUGGACCAGAUCUUCUUCGGGACCUAUGCCCACCCCUUUAUCUUCACUUCCCUGAUAUGUGAUACUGAGCAGCCAAACCUAGGGAUGGCAGUCAUAUGGGUUGGACCCAAGACCCGUGGGUUUUAGAUCUGACAGGGUGGGGCGGGUUUUGAUUUUGCGCUGCGGGUGCCCACGGCUCCCCAAAAUUCAAAUUUUAACUAUCAAUUUAGCCAAUGAAACAGCCACAGCCGCACCCCGGUCAUCCACGUUCCCAGCCGCGUGCCAUUGUCGUUUGUGGCUUGCCCGCUUUCCUCUCCUGACCACUGCCCUAGUGCCCCACACAUCCUGCUGUCUGCAUCCUCCUCCAAUCCACCUAAGGUGAGCUCCGAUUCACAAGAUUUGAAUUCUGUAGCAGUGAAUCAGGAGAUCUCGAGCUCUGUUUGGUGGGAAGGGCCACUUGUUCUAGAUGCCAAUUUCCUGCAUGCGCAUGAUCAGGAUCGUCUAGGCAUAUCUGGCACUUUAUUGUACUGUUCCUUUUAACUGAUGACAAGGUUAAGUUGAACUGAUGCAUAUCUGGAAGACUCGAACAGUAUAUUCUAGUUCUUAUCCUGUAUCAGCAAUGUUAUAUCAUUUUUGCCAUUUAUGAACAAUUCAAUUUGGGCAAAACCUUCGGAUCUGAUCUAGUUACAAGUAUAUACAUGUAUUAUGCCUACUAACUCCGACUGCUUUGCAAAAAAAAAAAAAAAAACAUCGGGUGUACAUGUGUACACCCAUGUCUUUACUGGGUCCGCCCCUGCUUGUCAGAUACCGGGAACCAGAGAUUUUCCUCCCUUUCUGGGAAUCUCCUUGCCUAAUGUCAAGGCCGUGGUGUUGAUUUGCAUGGAACCUUGACAUUCGAUAUGAUGUCGAUAGCUAGUGACAUAAAAGAUGCUAUCAGGGGAACAAAUUGUAACCAUUUAUUUGAGUUUACUUACAAGUUGCAAUCUGAACAUGAUGUUUACUAGACCUUAUUACUUGGCCCUCGUCAAUUUGAAUUUGCUACCUGCAUAAUUUAGAAAGAAACCAAAUAAACAGUUCAUGAUGUUGUAAACUUGCUAGGUGACAGUGCUCCAGUUUAAUGUUGGUAAAAAAGAAUCAGCUUUAGUUAUAAAAUAGAACUGUCAUACUUGUUAAGAAGCUGUCAUAUGCAACCUUCACUGCAGUAAUUUGGUGCAGCUUCUGUUGACAAUAGGGGCGAUGCCAUUUUUUUUUAACCACAGAUGCCACGUUAUACUACCCUGGUGCACAGGCACCAUGGUACAGGCAAAUUUCCGUAGUAAUUUGACUAAUAUUUACCAUAUAUCACAAGAAAUAUUUAGGUACUGCUUUGGUGGUGCACAACCUUGAUUUCAUUGCUAGCUUCACCCCUGGUUGACAAAAUAUUGUUGAUUACCAGAUUGCAUCAUGAAAUAAAUCCUCUAUUUACUGAAUAAUGGGCAUACAUUGUUCCCGUCUUUGCUGCCUGAAAGAAAUGGUUAACAACUGCAAUUACCUCCUUAUACUGAUCAGGACCUUAGUAUAGUGCUCGUGUAGUUUGACUCUUCUUUUUUAUAUAUAUUUGUAGCAGAAAUAGUGAGAGUUAGUGUGCUUAAUGAUGCCUCAAGAGCAUGUACAAUGCCGAGGAUCACUUGCUCAAUUUGUUUGGCUACGGAUCCUGAUUCUCUCUGAAAUGAACUAGAAUCAGUGCAAAACACCCUUUUCAGUGAUUCUCCUUCCUAAUGUUAAAGGAGAAACGUUUCUAGGUGAUUCAGGGUGAAACGUUUCUGUUUUUUCAGCGUUUGGUAGAGAUUCAGGUGAUUCUGCCCAGAAUCAGAAACGUUUCACCCAUCCAGACAGGCUCGUAAUCAAGUAUGCGCCUACUUUUGGUGGUCAAGAUGUAAAACUAUGCUAGGACCGUUUCUAGCUCUCCAUGAUUGAUGAUGUUGCUCUUUUUACUGCAGGAUACAUUGGUGAGUUUGAGUUUAUUGAUGAUCACCCUUCUGGUUAGAUAGUUGUUGAACUCAACGGUAGACUGAACAAAUAUGGUGUGAUCAGCCCGUGCUUUGGUGCUUUGAUGUUGACGUUAAGGAAAUCAAGUUCUGGACUGUGUGUCUGCUUCCCUCACGUUGGUUUGGGUACAUCGUUCUACCACCUCUGCUGGCAUCAUGGAACAUGAAGAGGCGAGGAGAAAGAAUGUGGGAGGCAAGGUCCUUGGGUUCUUUUACUAGGACUAGGAAUUUUUUUUCUCGAAAACGCAGGAGAACUGCGCUUCAUUAUAUUAUCCAGUUGUGAGAUCAUCGCUGUAACCGUUUGGGUUAAAGAUCAUAGUUUCAUAGCUGUGUAGGGUUUAAACAGGCAGAGAGCACCUAUGCCUGUAUUGCCUCUUUCUGGAUUCUGUUGACCCAAGGGUCAUUGAGUUGCAGCUCUCUUUUUGGCUGUUGCCUGUAAUCUGCUUGUGCACCAUGGUAAGCUUGGUUAUUUGAUAAACUCUGGGAAACACCUCUCAAGGCCGGUUGAGUUUACUCAUAUAUCGGCUGUGUCGUCUGA